AUGGCAGAUAGCUAUGAUGUGAUCCUGGAAGGUGACGAAACUGAGGUGUUGGAUGUUGGUGUCAUUGAGGUUGACCCGAUGCUCAAAGAAGACGUGUGGCUGCUAGGGAAGGUGCUAACCAGUGACAGAGUGCCGGCAGGGCCUUUCCGUAUGGUGAUGCAGAGGCUAUGGGAGUCACGUAACUAUGAAGAAAUCCGACACGUCGGUGUGAAUUUGUUCUCAUUCAGAUUCAAGAAAACAAAAGACAGAGAUCCGGUUCUAAAGUCAGGGCCAUGGUUCUUCAACCACCACUUGCUAGCGCUGAACUCUUUUGACGCCACUGUCAAUCCGACCGAGAUACCGAUGACGAGAGUUCCGUUUUGGGUGCAAGUUCAUGGACUCUCGUACCCUUUCCGCACUGUGAACGUGGCAAAAUCUCUAGCUAAGGGCUUCGCCGGCUUCCUUGACUGGGACAGAAGACGAGAUGGCGAAUGUCUCCGUCUUCGGGUGUGGGUGAACAUUGAGGCUCCACUGCGGAAGGGCCAGUUAGUGGCGGGCGGUGCACGAGAACCAUACAAGGCUAUUUUCAAGUACGAAAAGCUGCAUGAUUUCUGCUUUCGAUGUGGGCGUCUUGACCACAUAGCAAAGGACUGUAGGCAAGUGCAAGUGGCGACUAAUCCCCCUCGCUUUGGGGUGUGGCUACGGGCGACAGUGGCUAGUAAUGGGGGGGCGGGAUUCUGGCUUGAGGAAGGGAAAGAUGGAGGGACAGCGGUCUGUGCAUGA